CCCUCGCCCGCGCUCCGCCGUCUUCCGUCUCUUCUUCCCCAGCUCGUUCAGCCGCUGCCGGAGUAGUACCUCUCUCAGUCCAAUCGCCUCCCCACUUCCCGACGUCCACGAAUCAUUACUCUCUGCCGGCAGCUGAACUCCCUCUCCUCCUCUCCAUCUCUGCAGCGUCCCCGCAUUCCUUCCCUAAUUCUCCCCUUUCCCCUAACUGGACCUCGUAUUUCUUCUGCAAUCGCUUCUCUUCAAGUAUACCGUUGUGGAAAUUACUGUUUGAGUUGUUGUUGGAAGGAAGGAUGGGGAUAUUCGAGCCUUACAGAGCGAUUGGGUACAUAACGAGUGAAGUUCCCUUCUCCGUUCAGCGGUUGGGUACUGAGAAUUUCGUCACAGUCAGCAUAGGGAAGGCUUUCCAGGUUUACAACUGCUCUAAGCUCACUUUGGUGCUCGUCAGCCCUCAGCUUCCUGGCAAGAUUCGUGCUCUCACCUCUUAUCGGGACCUCACUUUCGCGGCGUAUGGUAGCCACAUUGCUGUUUUCAACCGUGCUCAGCAGGUUACUACAUGGAGCAGACAUAGUGCCAAAAUUGGUCGAUUGUUGCUAUUUGGAGAACAUGUCCUAAGUGUUGAUAUCGAUGGGAAUUUGUUUAUAUGGGCUUUUAAGCCUAUUGAAGAGAAUCCUGAUCCAAUUGGACGCAUCAAGUUGGAUGAUGGUUUCACUCCCUCAUGUAUAAUGCACCCAGAAACUUAUCUGAAUAAGGUAGUGCUUGGGAGCCAGGAAGGUUCAAUGCAGCUGUGGAACAUCAGUACAAAGAAAAAGCUUUAUGACUUUAAGGGGUGGAAGUCAUCAAUUACCAGUUGUGUGUCAUCACCAGCACUCGAUGUGGUUGCUGUGGGUUGUAUUGAUGGGAAGAUUCAUGUACAUAAUAUUCGGUAUGAUGAAGAGUUGGUCACUUUUACUCAUUCUAGCCGAGGUGCAGUGACAGCCUUGUCAUUCAGUACAGAUGGACAGCCACUUUUGGCAUCUGGAGGUUCAUCCGGUGUUAUUAGCAUAUGGAAUCUUGAGAAAAGAAGGCUUCAGUCGGUAAUUGGAGAGGCUCAUGACAGUUCAAUUGUCUCUUUGCAUUUUUUUGCCAAUGAACCUGUGCUAAUGAGUGCCGCAGCAGAUAACUCCAUAAAGAUGUGGAUUUUUGACACAAGUGACGGGGAGCCUCGCCUGCUACGUUUUCGAAGUGGACACAGUGCUCCUCCACUUUGCAUAAGCUUCUAUGCAAAUGGGAGACACAUUCUCUCUGCUGGUCAGGAUCGUGCAUUUCGGCUCUUCUCUGUUAUCCAGGUUUGGUCCAUACAAAAAAAAUUCUUGUGUUAUGAACAGUUCAAAUGAUAUGUGCGAAGUUCCAUGCCUACUUGAGUAAUUAUUGUACUGAGUUUUGUACUAAUGCUUUGUGUCUCUGCUGUUCCACUGUUUUCUUACUUCUGAAUUCUGAUGCCGGCCUUUCCGCUGUCGCAACGACUAUAUCUUGCAUGUCAGUUUAUGGGUUUGGUACAGCUGUUUUUAGGAGUGUUUUCCUUAGAAAAUAAUGGUGAUGAACAAAAUUAAUUCUCCAAAUUAUGGUUAUCACUGUAUUAAGUCUACCUCUUGUCCCCCUUUCCUUUCUCGAAAAGAGAACUAGGGGAAGAACAAUAACUUCUAUGUCUUUUGUAUUGCAUAUGACGUAUACUUGAAUUCAGCAUUGCUUGUUGAGUGCUUGUGGAUUGAUGUACUCAAUUUACUUGUCAUACUGUAUCCAGGAUCAACAAAGCAGAGAGCUGUCACAGCAUCAUGUAUCAAAACGUGCCAAGAAACUCAAACUCAAGGAAGAGGAGCUGAAGCUGAAGCCUGUUAUUGCAUUCGAUUGUGCUGAAAUUAGGGAGCGUGAUUGGUGCAAUGUUGUUACCUGUCAUAUGGACACAUCGGAGGCAUAUAUAUGGAGGCUUCAGAAUUUUGUUCUUGGCAAGCAUAUCUUGAGACCAUCUCCGCAGAAUCCAACACCUGUAAAGGCCUGUGCCAUCAGCGCAUGCGGCAAUUUCGCAGUUCUGGGGACAUCAGGUGGUUGGAUAGAACGAUUCAACCUUCAAUCAGGACAUAGCCGAGGUAGUUACCUCGACACAUCAGAAAGAAAUGGUGCCCACAAAGGGGAAGUAGUAGGAGUUGCUUGUGAUUCAACAAACACCCUAAUGAUAAGUGCAGGGUAUCAUGGAGACAUAAAGGUUUGGGAUUUUAAAGGACGUGAAUUAAAAUCCCGAUUGGAAGUUGGCUGUUGUCUAGUUAAGGCUGUCUAUCAUCGAUACAAUGGUCUUCUGGCUACUGUUGCUGACGAUUGGAUCAUCCGAGUUUUUGAUGUCGUGGCAUUGAGAAUGGUUCGCAAAUUUCAAGGCCACACAGAUCGAAUUACAGACCUGUGUUUCAGUCAAGAUGGGAAAUGGCUUUUGUCUUCUAGUAUGGAUGGCACUCUACGAAUAUGGGAUGUCAUCUUAGCCAGACAGAUCGAUGCAGUACAUGUAGAUGUGGCUAUCACGGCUUUGUCUUUGUCUCCAAACAUGGAUAUUUUAGCCACUACUCAUGCUGAGCAAAAUGGUGUCUAUCUAUGGGUGAAUCAGUCGAUGUUUCUCUCGAAGCUCGUCCGUAGAUUCUUACGCGAGUGGAAAGGAUGUUGUGAAUGUGAAAUUGCCAUCUAUCUCUGCGACGGAAGAUUCUCAUGAGGAAGAUUCAUGAUGGGUCCUAAUGUCAACAACCAGUCAGUACCUUGCGAGGCAUCUGGUCUGUCAUCUAUCACUCAGGAACAAAUCCCGGGACUUGUAACACUGUCAUGUUGCCUAAGAGCCAAUGGCAGAGCCUGAUCAACCUAGACAUCAUAAAGUUUCAGCAUUCACCGACUACAUCAAAGGGCUAUCCCCAUCAAACCUGGACAUGGAGCUUAGGAUGCUUCAAAUAAUCGAUGACAACGACGAGGACAGCAACGAUGAUGAUCCAGAGGAUGUAGAAACGAAGCCAGAACUCAUCGCAAUACAAUGCCUCUUCGAUUAUUUCAUCCACGAAAUAUCCAGCCGCAACAACUUCGAGUUCAUCCAGGCUCUCAUAAGAUUAUUCCUCAAGAUUCACGGCGAAACGGUCAGACGGCAGCCGAGCCUACAAGAUCAGGCAAAGAAGCUGCUGGAGAUUCAGUCAGCAGCUUGGCAGAAGAUAGAUAAGCUGUUUCAGAACACCAGAUGCAUGGUCACUUUCCUUAGCAAUUCGCAGUUUUGA